AUGGAGAGCAAUUUGCAAUAUGCAAGGAAAGAAUACUGGGACGAAAGAUUCCAGAAAGAGACAGAGUUUGAGUGGCUGACCGGAUUGAAAAGCUUUGCCCACAUUGUCGUUCCUGAGUUGAGUUCGGAGAGUAGGUUUGUCGCUUUUUUUUAUCAGGGUUACUCGUUUAAUUAAUUAAAAAAGGGUGUCGUUAGCCACUGGCUGGAGCCCGUUCGGAUUACGGAAUUGCACUUUUGCACAGCGAAUAAAAAGGAUAUAUUUCGGAAAAAUUUUUAACGAAUUUCUCAAUUUCACGAAAAAUUGAGUUCAUGUUGAAAUAGUAAAUAGUGGCAGAUGUUUGGAUGUUUUGAAGCCGAGGCUACAAAAAGAAAUGAGCGAAAGACAUAGGCUAAGGAGAAAUAAGGCGCAAAAUGGCUGACUAAAACCGUUCUGAUUCGAGAGUAUCAGUUUCCCAAUCCGCUUUCGAUCUUUUUCCUGUCAGGUUCUGUGUUCAGAAUAGCUCACAUCGGGUGCGGCUCGAGUAAGAUGUCAAAGGAACUUUUCGACCUCGGAUAUCAGAACAUCACAAACGUCGAUUAUUCUCAGGUACAUGGUCCAAUCAUUGAUGAAAGAGUAGUUGUAUCCCACUUGAAGACGUUGAUCAACAACGGAAAAGAGAGGUAUCCGGCCAUGGACUGGACCCUCGACGACAUCACUUCGUUGAGCACUCUUGAUGACGAGUCUUUCGACGUCGUCCUCGAAAAAGCAACUCUCGAAGCGGUUCUUGUUGGCGAACAAGUUGAGCGUGGAAAUGUUCUUUUUUAGUGAAGCGAAUUUCUUGUUCAGAGCCCUUGGGAUCCAUCUGAUGAAGCUCUCAAGACAUUGGAUAACAUUUUCUCCUCUGUUUGUAGAGUCUUGAAACCUGGUGGUCAGUAUUUUCUUUUCUUUUUUUUUCUGGAAUCUAAUCAUUUGUUUUCGGAGAUGUGGAAGCACAUUUUUUUUGAUAUCUUCUGAGCUUUCGGGUUGAUAUUUUUGUUAAUUUCGGUUUUUAAACUGCUGAAAUUGCUGGGACCUUCUAUGAGGUGCAUGAUGGAAAGAUAUGGAGAAAAUUUAUUUUAAAAUUUUCCGUAUGCCAAAAAAAAAGACUAAUGCAAAUUUUGCUCACUGAAAGUUUGCUUGAUCUUCAAGCAUGUGUACUACGACUAUGAAAGCUUCGAAACAAAGUGAAAUAUUGAUCUUAAUUUGAGUGAUGACUUUUUCUAUCGCGCAUUCUUUCAGGAAAGUUCAUUUCUAUAUCAUUCACACAGCCUCACUUCCGCCUUCCAGCGCUACUCCGGGAAUCUCGUUGGGCCGUCGACUUUCGACAGUUUGGCGACUCUUUUCAUUAUUUCGUUUACAUCUGUAAAAAAGGCGCGCAACAGCGGCCUCAAAUUGUUUCCCAGUACGGAAACACAGCCCCAGGAUGGUCCCGAACGUUAUAA